UUUGAACCUACAGAGGGAAAAAAAAUCAUCUAUCCGGCAUUCCGGGCAAACACAAUUGCGCACAGAAUUUGAAUUACUAGGCGACUACAAGGAGAAGUUUUAUGUAGUGAUUUUUGUUGCUUUUGCGCGCUGCUCUGAACAGUUUUAGUAACGCCCCGGAAAGUAGCUGCUAUGGAGAAAUCGAAAAAUUUCAGGAUCGAUGCUCUGCUGGCAGAUGAAACGCAUCGAAGUAACCGAGAACUGUCGCCGCCUCUGAGCAACGAUAGUCCUACGGGUAGCCCGGUGUCCUGCCGCCGUGCCGACACCCCGUCGCCUCGUGUUAUUCAGCUUCAGCCCGGGAUCAUACCCAAACCAGGUCUGCUCAAUCUACCCCACCCAGGACUUUCUCCUUUGCCACAGAGUCCAAUCCCAGGGAUGUACCCAGCGCCCAUGUACCCUAUGACGGCAUUGGGAGCCCAACAUCCAGCAUUUGCGUACUCUAGUUUUUCGCAGCUGACUCAAACAUACCCGGAACACCUGAAGGCGGCAGCAAUGGCUGGAUCCCUACCGCUGGAGCACUGGAUACGAGCCGGAAUCAUGGUGCCUCGCCUUCCGGACUAUAGCACUGGCCCUCAGACAGGGUUGAUGGGUAAAUGUCGGCGGCCACGUACAGCAUUUACCAGCCAGCAGCUACUUGAGCUGGAGAACCAAUUCAAGCUUAACAAGUAUCUUUCCCGGCCCAAGCGCUUUGAGGUGGCUACCUCACUAAUGUUGACUGAGACACAGGUGAAGAUCUGGUUUCAGAACCGCAGGAUGAAAUGGAAACGCAGUCGUAAGGCUAAGGAGCAAGCUGCCCAGAUGGAGGCGGAGCGACAGCGGGGUGGAGCUAAACCGACUAGUGAGAACUCAGCUGGGGAAACCCAGAGGGCAGGCCCUCAGGAUGUGGAGGGCCUUGGUGAAGAGGAUGCAGAUGAAGAGGAAGAGGAGGAGGAUGAAGAUGAGGUGGAGCAGCACGAGUUCAUGAAUGGCGACAUUAGCAUGCAGGGUUCUGACUUUCUUCAGAAUGACACGGAGGUGGAAUACCACCACCACAGCCCAUAUUCUGAUGAUGACAUGGUGCAGAUAGGAGGUGGGGACAGGAAGAUUGGGGCAGGAUUAUGAGAAGACAGGAGAAUCAGGAGAUGGGAUCCACUCUCUGUGUUCUGAACUGAGUGACUGCCUAAUGAUAAAAGUUCCUGAUGGGCAUGUUUGAACAUCUCAGACAACUCCACUGUGGCUUGUGAUAAUACAAUAAAAAAAUUAAAAAAAGUUGUAAAGGCAGUAUAAUACAGGUAUGACAGGCUGUACUACAGGAAAGUAAUAUCACUGCAGAGUACUAAACUCUUUAUUAAUACAUUUUAUCCUGUAACAUUAGUGACAACACUAAGCUCUACAUUUGUGUAGUCCUCCAGAAUCUCAGUCUGAUACAUCAAACAUGAUUCCUUAUCAAAUACACUCAUAAAAUAAUGCACACAUGCAUGAAUACACAACAUAUAUGUCUUAAUAAGAGUGAGUUUCCCUAAUCUGACAUACUUUAGGACAUGGAUGUGACAUUGCUUUGAAAAGUGCUGGGGACAAGAAUAUGCAUUCUUCAGCUGCCCCUCAAAUUCGUGUUUCCUUUAAGAAACCAAGCAUGUUCACUGAAAGAAAUCAGCGCUGGGACAGAACAUAGAGGUUCACGUAAGGUUGCGUUUGUCAAGCCUAUCGGCGUCGGACAAUACAAUUAGUCUCAGCAUUAUGGUUUAAAUAUAUUUGUAGGUUGUUUUUUUAUUUAUUUUGAUUAAAAAUAAUUUGUUUCAUUUCAAGAAAUGAUAGUUGUGCAGCAUUUAUUAUCUCGGCAUCGUGUGACAUUGUAAACAUGGACGUUUUGUUAUUCUAUCGUAAGGAGCAGGAAACUUUUUUUUUUUAUUGACUAAAACAAACAGAUACGAAUUAUUAUUCAAGGAAUCAAUAUCAUCCUGCUGUUAAACCUAGAAGUUGUAAAAUAACUUGGGAUGCAUUUUUCAAAGCUUUGCUGCAUAUGAGGAUCAUUAGGAAAUUACUCAUGCCACAGAAUGAAACAUGCCAAUAUUUACAUACAUUCAGGAUUCAUUAUGCAAGACAAUUGCUAGGAUAACUUAAAACCAUCUUCCACCCCUAUAAAUCUUUGAAACAUCCUUGUAAACAUUUCCCGUAUUGCCACUGUAUUUACUACUCUGAUGGCAUGAUGGUGCUUUUUUGGUUACACUUUGUGGUGGUUGCAGUUAUGAACUUACAAAAGCCUUUUGAAAUGCUACAUAACAUGUAAUAACUCUUGAUAUAAGUGUAUGUUUGUGCAAAAGUACCAAAAUAUGCUCUUAGGCCUCUAUGUUGUAAUUAUAAACAAUUUUAAAUUAUUAAACCUAUGUUGGACUGCUAAGGUUAGUAGGUAUAACAGCUAAAAUAAAUUGAUAUAUGUAUCCAGUUGACAUACUACAGAAUAAUUCCAUAGCUCUUAACAGAGCAAAGUGAAGCCAGUGAACUAUAAAAACAAGAAAGUACAUAAAUUCAAACUUUAAGUGUAUUAUCUAAGUAUAUGUGACUACCAAAUGAUCCUAGAGGCCCUUGUAGUUCAGUGUGUGACUGAGGGUUAGUUUCCAGUUGAUCUGAGAUGGCAGUAAGAGCUGGGUUUAUGUGCUUUAAGGAGAAUGGAAAUUCAUUUUCACUUUUAACUUGAAUUUUCCUUGGAAAACAAAUCAGGUCGAUAAGCCAACAUAUUUGUUAGGGUUACAGGUGCCAGUGAGUCUUGUAGAAAGGUAUCGUUAGUCCACUGGUGGCAAUUACAUACUUGUUUUCCAAGGAUAAAGUGUUUGAGGUUUACUGCUGGAAGAUGUUUUUGCACUCCUGUUCAACUUGAGAUUAUUUAAACCUACUGAGGUCAUUCUAAUUUAUUUGCUUCAUUAUUUGAUUCAUGUGCUUGUUGUGAAGUCCAUGUAAUAA